UCAUAUUCUAAUUCUUGUGAUAACUAUUACUUAUUCAACAAUCAAUCCUUUGAUAUUGAUUUUUGCACUUGUAUACUAUGCAGUCGCCCUUGUUGUAUUUAAACAUCAAUUUGCUUAUUGUUAUGUGCGACGAUAUGAGGCUGGAGGGAAAUUUUAUCGGCGUGUUUUUCGUUACACUACCGAUGGAUUGAUUAUAUUUCAGUUAACUGUUCUUGGUGUGAUUUGGCUUCGUAGAGCAAUAACUCAAGGUGCUUUGCUUGUACCACUUAUAAUAGCUACUGGAUAUUUUAAAUAUUAUUGCCAUAAGACAUUUUAUUCUAGAACCAAUUAUCUGGCUCUAGAUGCACGUUCAAACCAACAACAAAUUAAAGAAGAUCCACCGACUCCUAAAAAAAGCCAAUCAGAAGAAGCUAUUGAAUUAUCAAAAAAAGAAGUAGAUGAAAAAUAUCAGAUAAACAUUAAUGCUCCUGAAAAUAUUAAUAAGGACAUGUCAUCACAAAUGAUAGAAACUAAUGCUGAUAAUGUAGUUGUUAAACGUAUAAUAAAUGAUGAAUCUCACGGUAGUGAUAGUGAAUCAAGUACAAAAUACAAUAGUUCCACUAAUAUGUAUUCAAAAAUUAUUGAUGAACAUAAUCCAGCGCGGUCCUCUGUAAAUUUAACUGAGAAAGCUGAAUUUGAAAAAAGUAGUGAUAAUGGAACUGGAACUCGACAGGAUCAACAUCAAAAAACAGUAACAAUGCAAACUGACAACACUGAUGAAAAUAUUGGUGCUUCUAAUAGAACUACACUUAAAUUAACACUUGUCCCUCCAAAUCUCGAUCCAUCAGUAAAGGUGUUAACCUCUUCUCCUGUAAGUUGUCAGGAUCUAGGUAUCACACGCACACCUUUAAGAAGUUCACGAUCGAAUCUAUACCCUCUAGUUGUAAAGUAUGAUCCUAACCGUACAGCAAUUCAAGAUGAAUCAUCACAGUAUCAAACAUAUACACAUCCUAAUCUUGUUAAAGAUUUAAAUAGAAGACUCUGGUUACCUAGGGAUCCUCUUAAAAAAAUUACUAUUGAUGAUACUGUUGAACUUACUCGUGCAUUAACAUCAAGUGAAGGUGGAAGUGGAAUUGUUGGAUUUUGGGGAGAAGCUUCAACAUAUUUGAAUGAAGCGAAGGUUAGUAUGUAUGGGGUACAUGAAUUUCUCCCUUCACCACAUCAACGAGAUGCAACUGGUAGUACAGGUGGUGAAGUACCUUAUCACCAUAGAAGAAAAACUACAUCAAAUGUGGAUCCCGAAACUAGCGCUGAUGAUAGUAAUGAAGAAUUUUGCGAUGAUGGCAUAGUUAGCUUAAAAGAAUUCUUUAGUG